UGUAAGAUCUGGAAAGGGAGAUGCGAGGUUGGCCCAAACCCGCCCGACCCGUGGGUAUCGGGCCGGCCCAUAGAUCACUACUGUGGGUGCCCAACCCUCUGCAGGACUCUAACACAGGCUUAUAGGGUUGCCUGCCCUGACACCCCCCUGAUUGACAUGUUCACUGGAAGACGAUUUUACCAUUAAAAUCAGAUCUUACCAUUUUCCUUUGAACUACAACUUCUAACAUUCAACCAAAGCUAUGAGAGACAGUUGUAAACCAUCAGCUGGAUGCCCAUCACUGCUCUAAAAGGUUAUUUAUAUCCAUACACUGGCCAUUUCAUUCUGUUCCACAUAAGUGUUGGAAAGCCUUAUGAUAGAGAUGCAAGGAAUAUCCAUCCUUUCUGACCCCAGGAAGAGAGGGAGGGCUUGAAAUUGGCUAAAACAAAGGAAACUGAAUUUCAGACAGGCUGCAUUUCCAGGGCUGGGACGGCAGAAGGGGGAGAAACUCCUAUUGGAAGACGCUCAGAGCACCAAAAGGAUUUGCUAUAACUGCAGAAAGACCUCUGAAUUGGGGGGAUCUAGGACAGAACAUCAAAUUCUUUCUUUAACUCUCUCAGAUAUCUCUGAAGAGCAUCAGAAGAACAGUAUACAGGAUAUUGGGAUUUAAAUGUCACACUCUCUAAAAUAGCUGUCAGAAUGCAUUCAUAUUCAGUACUGGCUUGGGAAUCUGUGUGAAUCUCUGGUACAUGAGCAAAUCUCACCGGCAGAGUCAAGACUCAAAGACUGAAUUCUUGCUCUUGAUAAUGAUCUGAGGAGGCUAAUUCCACCUGGAAAGGGAAAGCGCCAUUGGUGUCCACAACCAUCUUCCCUGGUCUUCAUCAAAAGUUUUUGCAGAGUAUAAACGAUGUUUCACGAAGACAGAAAGGAAGGAAGUCCCAGAUUCGGGAAGCUCAAUUUUCCUGUGGGCCUCUGGAUAAAUUCUCCAAAAAAACACUUUGCCAAACUGGGCAGACGAUGGCCUAGCGCAGCCUCUAUCAAGUCUACAUCUUCAGACACAACUAGCCGCAACAAUGAGACUGUGGAACUGCGUCAACCCACCAAAAACAAAAAUAACCGCCACAAGCGUCUGUCUAACCUCUUCCAUCGUAGCACCAAUAGCAUCGCUGGCAGCAUCAGUAGCGGAACUGGUCGCUGGGUUAGCGAAAAGAAAUUGUCGGAAAUUAUUGACACAGUACCAGAGGACUUGGUGGAGCUGUCUAGUCAAAAAAACUUGCCCGGUAUCCUGAAAAUAUUUGGAGAUGAUAUUUCUUCUGGGACUAACUAUAAGAGUGUUUUGGCUACACCACGUUCCUCUGCACAGGAACUGGUGAAGGAAGCCAUAGAAAGAUACGCUGUGGCCGAUGCAGAAACAGAAGUCUUUGUCCUGUGUGAUGUGGUGGGGCGCUUUGUAGGGCUUGAAGGGGAAUGGAAGAUGGAGUACCUGCGCAUAAUUGGGGACCAGGAACGUCCUCUGGUAUUACAAGAGAUGUGGAAGCCUAAAACUGGCUUCUCUCGACGCUUUGAAAUCAGGCGCAAGCAAGAGGUGGAGAAGAUGUCCAUGGCUGAGGAUAAUGAAACUGCAGGUAUAAAUGCUCAAGCUCGCAGAUUACAGAAGAGCCGAUCAAGAGCUGCCUCGGGUGGAAAUGCUCCACUAAGGGAAAGAGAAGAUAGUGUCUCACUCCGCCGCAGUAUAAGCGAUGUUAAUGUCAAUAGUAAGAAGCGCAGAGAAAGGAAAAGCAUAAAGAGCAUGGUGGCCAAUGAUGGGGAUCCUGGACAAGAUCUUGAUCAGAGUCAAAAGGAUGGGAACUCUGAGAUGAAAAAUUCAAGUGAAGGUGCCCGUGACGAUUCAGCGGACCAGAUGGACUUAGACUUUGAGCGUCUUUCUCAGUGUUUGAUUCAACCUCCAGCUGAACACCCAUACUUUCUUCUUCUCCAAGGAUACAACAAAGACCAGGAUUUUGUCAUAUAUGUGAUGACACGAAAGAAACAUCUCUUUGGCAGGGCAGAAAAAUCUUUAAGGGACAAGGGACCGUAUGUUGACACUUUUCUGUCAGCACCAGAUAUUCUCCCACGACAUUGUUCUGUAUGGCGCCUCGAUUCCACUGGGCAGAAAUACAUUGUACGUGUAAGACCUUACAGGGGGGCUCUUGUUACACAUAAUGGUAGAGUGCUCCAAAGAGAAACAGAACUUCACACAGGGGAUUUAUUGGGACUUGGGGAGCAUUUUUUGUUUAUGUACAAAGACUCUAGAAUGCCUCAAGACCGUCCUUCCUGGCUUCCAAAAUCAUGGUCAUCUCCAAGUUUAAGUGGUGCUUUUUCUUGUCAAAUGUGUGGACAAUCACUUCUGGAGAGACAAGAGGCUGUUCAAGCCUACAUAGAAAGCCGAGAACCAGUGCUCCAAUAUCGAUCGCAAGAGGAGGACUCAGUGCUAAAAGAAAUAAUUGAGAAAACUGGUAACCCUGGGUCUGAUUUUAAGCUGGCUGCUGCCUACCUCUUCAGUCUUUGCCUUGAACAUUCAACACGAGCAUUGGAUCCUGGACACUUCCCUAAACUGGUCAUGAAGAUUGCCAGCUUCAUCAAAGAAGUUGUAUGGGAGAAGAUUAAAGAGAUUGGAGACAAGCAACCAGAAAACCAGCAGGAUAAGGGCUUGCCAUGCUCACUGGGCAUCGAGGAGGUUGCCGUUGACCUUCGGCCUCUCAUGCUGUGGAUGUCUAAUUCAAUGGAGCUGCUGAAUUUUGUUCAACGAAAAAUCUUAGACUUGGAAAAAGAAUGGGAAUCAGAAGGAUCCUCCCAGGAUGCAUUGUUAUCGAGUGACAUUGAGGCAUGUGAGGAAUCUAUGGCUCUCCUUGAUGAAGUCAUUAUGUAUACAUUUCAGCAGUGUGUAUAUUACCUGACCAAGACACUGUACGCAGCCCUCCCAGCUCUUUUAGAGAGCAACCCAUUCACAGACCCUGCAAACCUCUCCGACGUGGGAGAACUAAGCAACAUGCCCGAGGGAACUCGCGGUACCCUCACCAUUUACCAGGCGACUCUGGAUUUAACACGAGAGUGUGAAUUGCACCCGGACCUUGUGUCUCAGACGUUUGGUUAUCUCUUCUUCUUCUCCAAUGCCUCUCUAUUCAAUACAUUAAUGGAAAAAGGUAAUGGAGAACCGUUUUACCAGUGGUCAAAAGCAGUUCAAAUCCGAACAAAUCUGGACUUAGUUCUGGACUGGCUGCAGGGCAUCGGACUCGGUGACAUAGCUUCAGAAUUCUUCAGAAAAUUGUCUGCUACUGUGAACUUGCUGUGCAUUCCAAAAACAAGUCUCAUGAAGAUUUCUUGGAGCACCCUCCGCAAUGAUUACCCAGCAUUAAGCAGUGCUCAGCUCAACCACUUGCUAAGAAACUAUCAUCUGGGAGUGGGAAGAUCACAUCCAGCUGCAUGGGAGCCCCCUGAGGAGGAAAAAGAGGAGAUCGCAAACACAGAUAUCUUUGAAAGCUUCACUGAUCACCCCCCACUGAUUCUACCUUGUGAGAACUUCCGCCUGCAGCUCUCCCAGCCAAUCAACGAUGACGCGUUUCACCGCCAGUUGUGUCAGCUCCGCCGUUUUGUGUGGGAGCUGGAGCAGAAAUCACUUCCAGCCAAUCAGAGAGCAUCUUAUAGAGUGGAAAAUAGUCAAUAGGAGAGCAAGAUGAUGACUCAAACCUCAUCAUCCUUAAGGAUGGCAUGUCCCAACAAACACCAGAACCUGACUUUAUUGUGCUUGGACAUGGAAAGGAUCUGAGGAAAAUGCUUCUAAUUGCACUUGAAUGGAGAGUGGCCUGGGUUGAAGAAUAUCAUAAGACAUUAAAAUGGAGAGAAGGCAGUUGCACAUAGGAGGGUAUCUUAAAGGAACCUGUGCAUAAUGUAUGAUUGAUUAAUGUACAACACAUAUCUUUAUCUAUUAAUAGCUAGUCUCCUAUGUUUACUUAAAGGACCUCUGCUAUUUUAAACUUGACACCUGAUCUAUCCGUGGGUUUUAUACCCCUGUCAUUCAAAUUUUAUUUAUAUCUAUGGAGAUGCCAGUUUAUGCCAACUUUUUGGCAUUUGUGAGCCUUACAGGCAUACAAUAUGCCCUCUCAAACAUAAAACCUAAUCUAUUUUUGGUACCUGCUGUUCAGCAAAGUAGAGCCUUUACUCGACAUUAUUGCAAACAUAUCUGUUUAAGCCUUGAAGGGGUACAAAGUGAGAUAAUGUGGGAAUAAUUGAAAAAACUUACCUUGUACAAUGUUUACGCCAGGUCUCCUAACCAAUCAGAUGUUUGCUUUCAAACGCGUGAUAAAGGGAUACUGUCAUGGGGAAAAAAUAUUUUUUUCAAAAUGC